AUGGCCAACAACGUCUGCUUCACCCCCGGAGCUCGCACUUACUGGCACACCCACGAACGCGGUCAGAUCUUGACGGUAACCAUGGGCUACGGUCUGGUCUGCAGCAAAGGCCAGGAGCCUCGACGUCUGCAGGUCGGGGAUGUCGUUCACGUGCCUGCUGGGGAAACUCACUGGCACGGAGCAACGAAUGGAACGGUGAUGGCGCACACGGCUAUCAGUAUGGGCAAGACGAGCUGGCACGAUGAGCUGAAGCAGGAGGAGUACGACCAGGCGCAGACGAGUGCGAAGUAA